GUGACUACAGUUAACGUCGAACAAAAGUUUUAGAUAACUAGCUUUCUCAAUGGUUUAGCUAGGUAACGUCACUACUGCUAUACCUUAUGCCGCGUUCUUGUCCUAGUCGGAGCUAGGAAACUCGGACAUUUCCGACUUGAUAAUUGGUUGAACGAGGCACGUGUAAUUUAAACCAGGUUGCAAGUCUAAUUUCCGAGUCUCCUAUUUCCGACUAGGACGUGAACGCGGCAUUAGCUCCCGAAAACUAGGGAGAAGGCGGAAUGCCGCCUAGUUGUCAGGCAUUAGCUUCGCCCACUACUACAUGUGAACAAUCCCGAAGCGCUGUUAUAACGUUUAGAAACGUCAAUAAUCGCUUGCAAUAUGGCUUUCGAAAAAUGUAAUGUAUCUUUCAUCAGCGAGAAAAAAAUCCUUCAAAUAAAACAUUUACAUACUGUAGCAGUUUUGCAUAGAGCCAUACAGCUGGAACGAAACUACACCAACGAAACUACACUCCCCGAGUUACGCUUACACAGGUGUUCGGAGCAUGCUAGAUAGCUUAUUAUCACAGGUGGUAGCUUUUUGUCUCACGUAAACAAGCGCUGUAACAUGGAGAUAUGGCCCUGUGGGAGCAUGAACCAAGCCCAAUCAAGCUUUGCACCAUAAUGAAUCUGGUGAUGGGGGAGGCUAUUCGUAAAAUCUGCCAACUAUUCCUCGUGGCCUCCUCACGUCUACAAAAUGAAAAUGGGAAACUGAAGACCAAGAUGGAGCAGAUGGAGGAAGAUAUGAAGACAAUAACUGAGACGGCUGAACAUUAUAGAAUGUCUCUAGCUAAAGUGCAGGCACAAGCAGAACCGAAAGGACCUACCCAUGUUCUGCACAAUGGAAUCAUCUUUGCAAUUAAACCACUUGAUCUCCCAGUGUUGCCUGGAAUGACAGCGGGUUCAGCAUUGCCAGGGAAUGUCAGUCAAGCAAACCCUGUGUCUAACGCAACAUCAGUCCGUGCAGGUCCUGCAAUGGUUUGCAGUAAACCCACAGAAACUUCUUCGUUGGAGUGUGACUCCUCUCUGGGAGACACAGAUGGACUGAAUACAGACCCCUCACCAAGAGACACUGAAUCCAACGUUGAGCAUAUGAGAGCUGCUCUGCCAGAGGGCAACGGGAGAGACGGCCAUGAAAGCCAGAAAAACAGCAAUACUAAAGGGACACGAUCCAAAGAAACCAAACGCUUCAAGUGUGAUGUUUGUGAGAAGACCUUCAGCAAGAAAGAGUUGUUGAGAGUUCACAAGUUAACGCACACAAGACCCUUCAAGUGCGAUGUGUGUCAGAAGACCUUCACCAGGAAGGGGUUACUGGAAGCUCACAAGCUAAGUCACACAAGACCCUUCAAGUGUGAUGUUUGUGACAAGGUCUUCAACCUGAACCGCUUGCUUGUACGUCACAUGCUACUUCACACAGGAGAGAGGCCAUUCGCUUGUGGUCAAUGUGGCAAAACAUUCAGAAUGUCCAAGCAGCUUGAACAUCACAUGUUGCGUCACAGAGAAAAAACAUUCAGUUGCAAAGUUUGCGAAAGUAUAUUCCCUACCAAGAAAGAUCUGACACAACAUCGGCUUGUUCAUGCCUUGGAGAGACCGUUCAAGUGCCUGACUUGUGGAAAAGGUUUCACAUCAAGGGCCGUGCUUAUGGGGCACGAGAGAAUCCACACCGGUGAAAAACCACACAGCUGCGCUGAAUGUGGGAAGAGUUACAGACUGUCUUAUGACCUAAGUAUUCAUAUGCGACGACAUACAGGCGAACGUCCACACUUAUGCUUGGAGUGUGGUAAGAGCUUUAUAACUAAAUCCAGCCUUGAAAACCACAAGGUAAUCCAUACAGGGGAGAAGCCAUUUACAUGUGAGACCUGUGGAGCUGCUUUCGGCCAUAAAGCAAACCUUCAGAGACACCAAGUGCUUCACACAGGGGAGAGACCGUACAAAUGUAAAGUGUGUGGGAAAAGCUACCUUCAGUCCACCGACCUAAAAGCUCACAUGCACCAUCAUGGGGCAACCAAACCAUUUAUGUGUGACCUAUGUGGAAAGACUUUCAUUUACAAUUACCAAAUGAGACAGCACAAUAUAAAAUGGCACACAGCUGAAGGAGAGAACAUUCCUGGGGGAGUGGGAACCUCGACAAAGCCAUUCAGUUGUGAUGUAUGUUUGAAUGGCUUCAGCUCCAUGCUAACUCUGAAAAACCAUCAACAAGUUCACACAGGACAAAAUCAAUACUCUUGUUCUGUUUGCGGAAAGACCUUUGCCUAUAAAAAUACUUUGGACUAUCACAUGAAACUUCACAGUGGAGAGAAGCCCCAUGAAUGUAAAUACUGUGGAAGAAAAUUCAUUCUUAAGCAAGCUCUCAAAGGACAUGAGCGAACCCAUACAGGUGAAAAGCCCUUCAAAUGCAGUUAUUGUGACAAGACUUUCUCAGUCAACAGCAAUCUCAAAAGGCAUGAGCGAGUCCACACGGGAGAGAAGCCAUUCAAAUGUGACGUCUGCGGGAGAGGUUUCAGCCAAGCCAACAAUGUCAAAGCCCACAUGCAGGUCCACACUGGAGUUAGGCCUUAUUAUUGCAAGAGGUGUGGAAAGGGCUUUUCUGACAUAAGACACUACAAAAACCAUAGCUGUAAUGGUGUGGCAGCGACACGCAAUCAGUCUCGUAAACCUUCUGACCGUACUUUCAGAAGAAGGAAAGGAGGUAGAGACAGGAGUGCUUGCCUUAAUGCUGCUGUGAUGUAGACUCAGUGAUAUAAUCUCUAUCAUUCACAGUGGGGCAACUUCCUGCUUUCAGACAUCAGGAACAACAUGGAUGUAUUCAGCAGGGUGAAAAGUUCUCGGGUGAGUUUCCCGAAAGCCUCGUAGGAAAUGAGAUGCAUAUCUGCCGUAAUGCUUGGAGAUUUUGCUAUAAGUCUUAGUCAAUGUUUAUGAGCCCACAUUAUCAUGGAGACGUUGUAUAUUUCUGACUGUGCUCAAUCAUUUACCAUGUGUUAUUUUUUUCCUAUUGUAUAAAUCCUUAAACACCUAAUUCAUGUGAAAAUAUCAGAACUACACAUUUAAUACUUUGUACGUCAGCUACAUAGGACUGCUAGAUUAGUUAUUCGGGUGAUUGUCCUGAUUGGGCAAGAAUUUUGAAAGAAUUCUUGUUUUUAAAGGUCCAAUUCGGCUGUUUUUAUAUCAAUAUCAUAUAAUUUCUUGGUAACAAUUGAAGUACCUCAUUUUGCUUGUUUUCAAUUAAAAUGGUCAAAAAUAUUUAUUUUAAAAUAGCUUUUUAGCAAUGAGCAAUUUCUCAAGCAAGAAUUUUGCUUGGGCUGUCGGAGUGGGGAGAGAAACUGUUGUUAUUGGCAGAGGUUUGGAACUCUUCCUUAUUGGUCUAUUAACUCAUUUAUCAUCAGGCCGCCAGAAACUCCA